AUGAAAGUGAACUCUUACAAUUUACUCACACGAGAAGUCUGGUCAGACAAUCUCGAUGAAGAAGUAGCCAUCAUCAGAAAACUCGUCCAAGCAUUUCCCUAUAUCGCGAUGGAUACAGAAUUUCCGGGAGUGGUUGCGAGACCAGUCGGGGCUUUUAAACAGCAGUCAGAAUUUCAUUAUCAAACAUUAAAAUGUAAUGUUGAUAUGCUGAAGUUGAUUCAACUAGGAUUGACUCUGACGGAUGCAAACGGAAAUUUACCCAUCAUUGAUGGUAGGUACUGCUUAUGGCAGUUCAACUUUGGAGAGUUCAAUUUGAAGGAUGACAUGUACGCAAGAGACUCAAUUGAGCUGUUGAAGCAAAGUGGGAUUGAUUUCCUGAUUCUGAAUGAAAGAGGAAUAGAUGUUACUCGCUUUGGCGAACUUUUCAUGGUGAGUGGAGUAGUAUUGAGCCGCGAUGUGAAAUGGUUGACAUUCCACAGUGGAUAUGAUUUUGGCUAUUUAAUUAAGCUUUUAACUUGCGUCUCUUUACCAGAGAAUGAAGCCGACUUUUUCAAAAUUUUAGAGACAUACUUUCCAUGCUUUUAUGAUAUGAAAUUUUUGAUGAAAUUCACGGAAAAUUUGCACGGAGGUCUAAGUAAGCUUGCAGAGCAUUUAGAUGUAGAAAGGAUAGGACCUCAGCAUCAGGCGGGUAGUGAUAGUUUGCUAACAGCCUGCACUUUCUUCAAGAUGAGAGAGAGAUAUUUUGAAAAGAUCAAGCUUGAUAAAUAUGCGUGCAUACUUUAUGGUUUAGGACAAGAUUCUCUUGAAGCUGAAAGAGAGUAA